AUGCCUUACUACGGUAACCCCAGCAAAGGCUGUUUAAGCUGUCGGCAAAGACGAAUCAAGUGUGACCGGCUGGAUCCUAUAUGCUCGCAAUGCAAGCGAGGAAACAAAGAAUGCGGUGGCUAUCAAGACAUAUCGUCUAUGAUAUUCCGCAGCGAGAACGACAAAACUGCUCGACGGACUGCAGAAGCGAAAGCCAAAUUAAUGGCUCGUCGAAAGCAGGAAGAUGCGAUUUUAAAGUCUGAUACAUCAAGCUCCAGUCCACAAUCCGAGCUUGUUCCGACAGAUGAAUUGCCAUACAGAAUAUUAAAUCAGAUGGUCUUAGUUUCUCCACGUAUUGUCACCCCGCCAUCGUCUUCAGUGGAAGAACUAGGGCUGAAAUUCUUCGUUAAUCGUUUUGUGACACCGAAAGUUGCUAGACCAGAUGGCUCUCCGCAUACAUUACAGCCAUCACAUUACUUUAGGGCAAUGGAUUAUGAUCAGUCGGCUCGCGAUGCCGUCGUCUCGGUGGGCCUUGCUGCCAUGUCCAAUGUCAAUCGUGACAAAGCACUGCGAAUACUAUCAAGAGAGAAACAUGCCAUGGUCAUCAGCGCUGUCCAGAAGGCAGUGAGUAAUCCAGCCCAGGCAAAUCCAGAUAGUACCUUCCACAUGAUUUUGAUGUUGAGUUUAUACGAGAUGGUCAACUGCUCCUCAAAUCAAGUGGAUCGCUGGACAGUACAUCUAGACGGCGCGACUGCAUUGCUCCGACAAUCUACAUUCAAACGGGCAAUGGCGACUUUGGACCAUCGGGCCCAAUUGCAAUUCUGCUUUGCUUCGAUUGUCAAAUAUUUCCUGCCGAGAAGAGAUGUUCCUCUAGAUUUGUUAAAAUGGUCACCAAAACUCAUGGAAUCUGCACCGCCGCAGGUUGUACCAGCUGUCAAACUUGUUGACAUAUUGAUUAGAUUUAUGAAGUUCGAUGUAUCUCUGCGUGAAAGAGACCACGACCCAAGGACAGUGGCCACCUCGGCAUCGUUAUUCGAGAUCGAAUUUCGAGACUGGGAGACCUCUCUCCCAGAAAAUUGGUCUUUCAUUACAAAAUAUACAGACGAGCCAGAUGAUCGCCAGUAUACCUUUUACGGGCAGUAUCAUGUCUACAGAGACCUAUGGGUCUCAAGAGUUUUCAACCACUACCGCUGGGGACGAGUACUAGUCAACGAACUAAUCCUAAGCCAGAUUUCAAGCAUGAGGUGGCCCACUGUGGAUGACUUUGUUCAACGACAGCAGGCAAUGGACACCAUUUCUUGCAUGGCAAUUGGCAUUUGCGCUGGAGCUGCAAGCCAAGAGGUUCACUCCCAGCGUGGCGCUGUCGUCGAAUACCCAUCGCAUGUACCACAACUAAACGGUAUCUUCAUGUUGCUUUUCCCAUUAGCUGUUGCGGGCGCAGCCGGGGUACCGGAUGAAAUACAUGACUGGGUAAUUGCGAGGCUUGAACGGAUCGGGCGCAUCAUGGGAAUUCAGCAAGCCAUUGAGAUGAUUCCCCAUUUAAAGAAGAGUCAUGAGCAACGGAAAAUAGACCAGGAGCGGUGGCAACAAAGAUACAUGUAA